AUCAAUUGGAGCAUAAUGACAGAUUCCAAAUUUCCAGAGAGACACCCCCAGCUGCAAGCGGCUAUCGCUCAGCGUCCAUUCCCAGGCUUCCCCUUCGUCCCCGAAAACCGCGCAGCACGACGUCAGCACCUGGAUAGCCUGAAGCAUAUGCUUCCCGUGCCCGACCCGAUACCAGAGGUCAUUGAAGGUACCAUUCUGAUAGAAGCAGGAGAUGGGUACAAGAUUCCCACAAAGUAUUAUCGACCAGCUGCGAGCGGUGAGAAGAGGUCUCUAAUGGUGCUCUUCCAUGAAGGUGGAUGGGUCAUGGGCGAUGUUGUGGAUGAAGACUCCAACGCCAGACACUUUGCCAGAGACCUCGGCAUAGUCUGUCUCAACGUGGAGUACCGAUUGGCACCCGAACAUCCUUUCCCUAUCGGUGUUCUCGAUUGUUGGGAUGUUCUCAAGUGGGCUGCUGCGAAUGCUUCUCAGGUUGGGGCAGACCCUACCAAGGGCUUCAUGGUCGGCGGAUCGUCUGCUGGCUCAAACAUUGCAGCGGCAUUGGUUCAUGUUUCUAUCAAGGAGCAGUUACAACCUCCCAUCACCGGUCAAUGGCUUUGCGUGCCUUACCUUCUCCCGCCUGAGAUUGUGCCCGACAAGUACCGACAAGACUACACGAGCAUGUGGACCAACCGAUCUGACCCUGUACUGGGACCUCUUCUUGAGGGGCCACAAGGUUCCACGGCUGGAAGCUUCAUCGAAACACUACUCAAGGUAGACGUCCACUCACCUCUCUUUUCACCAUUUGCGAAAGAGUGGUAUCCGCCUACAGCUGGAACAAAGCACAAGCUACCCAAGACCUUCUUCCAGGUUGCAGGACUGGAUCCUCUUCGAGAUCAUGCCCAUAUCUAUAAGCGGGCUUUGGAAGAAGAGUGGGAGGCUCCCACCCGGCUUGAACUGUAUGAAGGGUAUGGGCACAUGUUCUGGACCAAUUGGCCUGAGCUGGACCGAUGUCAAGACUACUGGAGGGACAUGAUUAAAGGUAUUGAGUGGUUAUUAAAUGCCUAG